AUGUCCAUCAUUGGAACUGACAAAGGUCAUGAAGAGGCAGACGUUGAAGAGGAUGAAGAUGAUGUUGAAGAGGACAUUGAGGAGGGCAGAGAUUUUGCAGAAGAUGAUGGUGUUGAUAAUGAGCUUGAGGGUGGAGAUUUUGUGCAAGAUGAUGAUGCUGAUGAGAUUAUGGAGCACAAGGAGGAUUUGUAUGGGAGUAACACCAUCAUGCACCCCCCACAUCAUGGUGAUCAAACCUAUCCUAGCAGCAAGCAACCAAAUAUUGAUUAUGAUAUCCUCCAGGCUCACCACAUGAAAAAUCAUCGACCAUGUUCUCCAUCCCCUAUGUAUUUGAGCAGUGUAUGGAACCACCACCUGAAGACCAAGCAUGCUUGCACAAGAAACUCCCAGUCAAGUGAUGACCAUGACUCUGACCAGCAGGACAACUUGGAGGAUCUCAAUGAGGUCGAUAUUGAUAGUGGGAGGCACCACUGCACCAAGAAAGCGAAGGGUGCUAAUACCAAUCGUGGUGCAACUAAUGUUGGGUUCUACCCAUCACUCUGGCAAAAACUUCUUGACUGCGUGAAGGCUAAUUUCAGGCUUUAUAUUGCUACUUCAGUCCCAUUCCCCAACAAAGAGGAAUCCAUUGGUGGUACCAGAGUCUGUGGUGAAGUGAUCAUGGAAGUGAUUGUACAGUGGCAAGAACAGAAACGCAAACUUGAGAAAGGCUACUACCCUGAGUUCAAAAUAGGGAUGGCUACUGUGGUCUUUAACAAUGCUGUGACAUUCUGCAGCAAGAUCAAACAGAUUGUACUUACUGUCAUUCUGAUGGUAUAUGAACUAGCCAUCAGCGUCAACAGGAAUACAACUGAUAGCAUCAAACUCAAGGCAACCGCUUUGCUGAAGAAAGCAAUGUAUUUGCGUGGCCAGCCUGAUUCUGAGGGUCAUGCAUCUAACUUUGCAAACAACACAGUUCACAUCGUUUUCCAUAAGUCAUUUUAUGACAAUGGAUCCAAAUCACUAAAGCAUUUUGCCAAGUUUCAGAAGACCAUCCUGCCUGCAGUGCUCUUCCUUGUUGGUACUAUUAUUUGCAAUGUCAUCUAUAUCUACAGUAAAUAUGACCAGGUAAAUGGCGCCAAGCAGACGCCUAUUGAGGAUUUGGAGACUUCAUAUGAUCGCAUUUCUAUGCUGUUCAACUGCACAAACAAAGAUGCAUAUCACAGGCUGAAACUUUGUCAAAUGCUCAAAGCUUGGGCAUUGGAAGGCAUGAAUGUACAUGGCACCGGCCUUGGUGCUGAUGAAGGUGACAACAGCUCAGAGUGGGAUGUUGAUCUCGCGUAG